AGUCCAAAGGGGUCAAUCGCUGGAUUAUCACUGCUCUUGCUAAGGACUUAGACACCACUAUCACGUACACAACAUUUUGUAGUACUUGUUGACUUCUUCUACACCUGACUUUUCUUUUGGAGGGGGGAUUAUUAGGUGGAAGGUAAGAGUGGAAGACCUCAUGUUUGCCUGUUUUGACAUUGCAAAGUUUUGGAAUAAGAAUUAUGGUGCAUGACUUUGUAGCCUGCAUGGCCAUGGGAUUCUGACUGUCCCAGGUGCAGAGUGUUGAAUGAGGGGUCUGGCUGGGAAGUGAGUGCAGGGGUGACCGGCGGACUGAAGGACGGGUGGGCUUUGUGCUCGCCUGCUGUGACAGGGUCUGCAGCUCUCGAACAGCAGCCCUCAUGCCACUCAUCAACAACAAAGUGGGUGACGAUGGCACUACCAGUUCACCAAAGACUCUGGAAGAGGGGAAGGUUCUUAUCGACUCACUCAUAAAGGUGGUGGCAUGUUACCGCCACCUGGCCUCGUGUGUGGGUGGGUGCACGGACAGCUUGCAACUGCGUGACGAGCUGCGGCUAACGCGGGAGAAGGCCCAGAAGUUAGCGGUGGCCAGCCGUCACCACCUCACGGCACGGCUACGGGAUAAGACACUGCCCCAGGGGGAGAGACAGGAGAUGGAACUGCUCUGGGUGGCCUUCACCUCCAGUCUGGAACUCCUCCACGCAGACAUGUGCAAAGUCUUCAACAUGGGUUCCAACUUCUCCCUGAUCAAUAACAACACCUUAGUGCAGACUGGCAUUCAAGGGGAAACCAGUGAGGUGACAGCGCGGGCCCUCAGCUUGGCAGACCUGACCCGUGCCGAGGACCAGGUUCCCACCAGCCUGGAGGAUCUGGAGCAGAGCCAGCUGGAGGAGGAGAUCGCCCAUGUGGAUGUCAUGCUGGAGGACAUGGAGGAGAAGGUCAACGUCCUGCGCUGGAUGGUGGAGGCCCGCGGGCCCCAGUAUGCCGAACCGGCCAGCACGGACAGCGCCUCGCUGGGCCUCUUGUCCACGGACGAGGAGGCAGGUCCCCAAAGCCAGCAGUGCUGCGAGCGCAGCCAGAUUUUCAUGGUGCUGGUGCUGUGCAGCGUGGCAGUGGUGAUGGCCGUGCUGUCCGUCUGCGUGGUCUAUCUCUCAUGAGGAGGCUUGUCACCAGUGGAUUUCACCCAGGUUUUGUUGAGCCGCUAAAAGCAGUAGGACCUUAUGUUGCCAUAAAUUCCAUCCUCAUGUCAAUUGAUAUCCGAAAAUAUGGUUGUUGGAAGAAACUGUUGUUGUUGAAAGGGCGGGGUACUUUACAUAUUUCUUUAUUUGAAUAAAGAGCCCCAUUUAAAAUGAAUACACUCCAGGUUACACAGUUUGACGCUCCCAUUUCUGUUAGAAAGUCAAUAUAAAACAGAUUCAAAAAGAGUUAGAUGCCCUGUGCAAUGUAGUUUAGCUAAUGUUAAUGGAUUGUAGUGGAAUGAAAUUGAACCAUUUAUGCUCUUUACUAAUGUAUGCUGACUACUGUAUAUGACAGUAAGGUUAAUGAAUUUUUAUUGAAAUGCAUUGAACAUAAUCUGUUUACACAACUUGACAGUGGUUGACAAAGUACACCCACCACAUUUAGGUCCAUGUUGUCAUUGACACUGAAGGUGUUUGUGCAGCCAGAUUACAAUGAAGAUCUUUGCACAUGAGUGCAAUGUGUGGGAGCAUAUCAGUUUGCUGACCUGUUGUGAAUAUUACAUUCUAAUGAAGAAUUUCAUGUGAAUAUUCUCAAUAUUGUGGCUUCCAUGUCACUUCAACCAAUAGGUUAGCUUACUGCAUUACUGAUAUUGUAUCCAGGCUUUCGCAAUACAGUAAUUUUUGCAGGAAUAUGUGUAGUACUUGUGGAGUAUUCGGUUUAUAUUCUGUCUUCAGAGUCCUCCGUAACCCAAAUACCAUAAACCUGACCCGGGUCUGGAACGGUUUCUACAAUAAAUCAAAUGGAACAUGUGAUGCUGUGUCCCCAGCUUCAGAUUCAGGCUAGCAGUUGUACCAGCAAUGCAAGCAAACAGGGAGACUUUUCCACUCAAGGCACAUGAAAAAUACAAACAUUGUAAGUGACAUACAGUAGCUGAGAAUGUGUUUCCUAAACACAGUGGACGGCCUGUGCACAAUUUCAUAUAUUACCAAGGAUACACAGGGCCGGACUACCACAUUUGGGGCACAGAGGCGCUGACCUGAUUUUUUGUGUUGACAUUAUUUUCAGUUGUAUAGCUAAUGCUAUUGUAGAUAUUUUGUCAAGAUAAAAUGUUGUAGUUUUAAAGUUAAUUUCCUGCAAUUCUAUGCUAUUUGCUAUGGGUCAGAGAUAAAAAAAAAUGUGCUGUUUUAUAGCUCAUCUAAUGCUAUUGUUCACAUUAUGCCAUGAGGCUGAAAGAAAAUGUUGCUGGUUUAAAGCUAAUUUCCUGCUAUUCUACACAUUUUGCCAAGAGACUGAGAGAAAAUGUUGCAGUUUUUAAGAUAAUUUCCUGCUAUUCUACACAUUUUGCUAUCAUAUGCUAUCUGGGGGGCCUCCGACCUCCAGGUGGUCCCCAUCCCUGUUCGGUAAUCCGGCCCUGAGGAUACAGGUCAAGGUAUUAACUAAUGUCUCUUAAUUCCAUAUUACAAAAGUAAAACCAAAGGUUUGUGUAGCUUCUGUAUUAAAUGGAAAUCUGCUAAAUUUGUCAACACCCAAGCAAGCUGUGGUGUAAAAACUGUGAAUACCAUAUUAUAUUUCAUUAACAGAGCAUUACAACUUUUAAUGAACUGCAGUAGUAUAGUAAUAGCUUAUGUAAUAAAUUAUAUGUACAUGUUUAUUCAUACCCAUCAACUGUUAUUAGUAAACUCAGCAAAAAAAGAAACAUCCUCUCACUGUCAACUGCGUUUAUUUUGAGCAAACUUAACAUGUGUAAAUAUUUGUACGAACUUAACAAGAUUCAACUACUGAGACAUCAAUAACUGAGCAAGUUCCACAGACAUAUGACUAACAGAAAUGGAAUAAUGUGUCCCUGAACAAAGGGGGGGUCAACAUGAAAAGUAACAGUCAGUAUCUGGUGUGGCCACCAGCUGCAUUAAGUGCAUCUCUGCAGUGCAUCUCCUCCUCAUGGACUGCACCAGAUUUGACAGUUCUUGCUGUGAGAUGUUACCCCACUCUUCCACCAAGGCACCUGCCUUACAACAGGCCUACAAGCCCUCAGUCCAGCCUCUCUCAGCCUAUUGCGGACAGUCUGAGCACUGACGCAGGGAUUGUGCAUUCCUGGUGUAACUCAGGCAGUUGUGGUUGCCAUCCUGUACCUGUCCCGCAGGUGUGAUGUUCGGCUGUACCGAUCAGGUGCAGGUGUUGUUACACGUGGUCUGCCACUGCGAGGAUGAUCAGCUGUCCGUCCUGUCUUCCUGUAGAGCUGUCUUAGGCGUCUCACAGUACGGACAUUGCAAUGAAAUGCCCUGGCCACAUCUUCAUCUCCUUGCAGCAUGCCUAAGGCACGUUCAUGCAGAUGAGCAGGGGCCCUGGGCAUCUUUCAUUUGGUGUUUUUCAGAGUCAGCAGAAAGGCCUCUUUAGUGUCCUACGUUUUCAUAACUGUGACCUUAAUUGCCUACCGUCUGUAAGCUGUUAGUGUCUUAACGACUGGGAUGAAGAUGAAGAUCUGUGAAGUUAUUUGGAUUUUUACAAAUUAUCUUUGAAAGAAAGAAUCCGGAAAAAGGGACAUUUCUUUUUUUGCUGAGUUUAUUAGUGGUGUGUAAUUCAUACAUGUUCUGUGGCAAUAAUAGCUCAACAUUACUUUCCUAUCAGUUUCCUCAGUCUUGAUCACACAUGUGCAUUGUGCACUGACUAGACUAUUGACCCUUCAGGGACAUUAGACAUUAAAGAAAUGCAGCAUACUGUAAAUACUGUAUACAACAGCAUGGUCAAAUCUACUCAAAGACCACUCUGCAAUAGAAUUUCUAAUAAAAAUCCAAAGAAAAUGCAAAUACCA